AUGGCCAACUUUGCCGGCAUCUGGAAAAUGAAGAGCAGCGAGAAUUUCGACGAACUUCUCAGAGCUUUGGGCGUGAACGCCAUGCUGAGGAAAGUAGCGGUGGCAGCCGCUUCGAAUCCCCACGUGGAGAUCCGGCAGGACGGCGAGCAGUUCUAUAUCAAGACAUCCACCAGCGUACGCACCACCGAGAUCAACUUCCGGGUCGGCGAGGAGUUUGACGAGGAGACCGUGGACGGGAGAAAGUGCAAGAGUCUCGCCACCUGGGUGUCAGAGAACAAACUCAGUUGUAAGCAGACUCUGGUGGACGGUGACGGACCAAAAACCUUCUGGACCCGAGAACUCAACGGCGAUGAGUUGACGCUGAGCUUUGGCCUCCAGUCGGGGGUCCCCUCAGACAAAUGGGUUCCGCCGCUGACGUUUCACCCGCUUAUCCGCGCAGAGAAUGACUUUCCCCCCCUCAGUGCACCGCCUCGCCUGUGGGAAGCAAAGAAGCCGGGCUCCACGAGGCGGCGGGCGAGUUAA